UUAGUUAAUCUAUGGCUUGCACAGAACAGACAGAUCAAAAGUGUCGUUAUUCGUUAGUAAUAGUUAACAAUACUAAACAAACAUGGCUGAUGUGUGCAAUAACGUAGAUGUAGAAGACAAUGUAUGUGAAUUAGGAGAAAAUUCAAUGGACUCAAAACCAAAUGGUUUCUCUAAAACUAGUAGUAAACAAUGGGUUAAGUUAAAUGUGGGUGGAACGUGUUUUUUAACUACUAAAACUACAUUAUCCAGAGACCCCAAUUCGUUUUUGUACAGACUUUGUAAGGAAGAUUCAGAUUUGAUUUCGGAUAGAGAUGAAAGAGGUGCUUAUUUGAUUGACAGAGACCCCACAUAUUUCAGCCCCGUCCUCAACUAUCUUCGCCAUGGCAAGCUUAUCAUCAAUAAAGAUUUGGAGGAGGAAGGUGUACUGGAGGAAGCAGAGUUCUACAACAUAACUGAGUUAAUAAGGUUGGUCAAGGAGAGAAUAUUGACUCGGGAUACUCGGCCACUUAGAGACUCCAAAAAACAUGUCUAUCGUGUAUUGCAGUGUCAUGAAGACGAGCUGACGCAGAUGGUCUCCACUAUGUCCGAUGGCUGGAAGUUUGAACAGUUGGUCAACAUUGGGUCUCAGUACAACUACGGCAACGAGGACCACGCAGAGUUCCUGUGUGUGGUGUCAAGAGAGUACGGACCACGUGACCGGAACACCAAGGAGACGGAGCCAACAGACAGAGCCAAGGUGCUGCAGCAGAAGGGCUCACGGAUGUGAACUCCCAAGAGACUCUGAUGCAAUCUGGCCACAAUGUACUCAGCCGUAGCAAUUCUAACUCUAGUUCGCAAUGUUUCAUUGUCAUAGGAAUUGAUUUUAACAUUCAUUGCGAAUUUUUAUCAUAGGAUGAGUAAACACGGUUUGAUGGAGUUAAAAGUUAUUUUAAUAUUUUAUUUAUGAACUAAAGUGAUCUGAUUUGAAUCACGGCAACUGCAAGGUUUUUGAACCCGAAGUCUUGCCUUAACCUCACUGUUACCUUGCCAAGAAUGGUAUACGGUGUAAUGUCUCGUUCCCAUCUUAUUACAUGGUUCUUUUUGCUCAUAUAUUCUUUCUUUUUUACAUAUAGUAUUUUUUAACGUUUAUCCUAGGAGUUCAGUAGGUUAAACGCAAUUGGUUGUACAAAUGAUUAUUUAGUUGUAAUGGUGAAUUAUUUUUAGUAUUGUUAGUGGUGCACAGGCAGAUUUGUUUUUGUCUGAUGUGCACAUUUAAGACACUAUAUAAUAAUGUAUUUAUUGAUUUUAUUUAUAUUAGUUAUUUUCUGUUUCGUUUGGUAAAGCAUAAUUUUGGUUACAUUCAUAUUCAAAGGAUCUCAUAAACUUUACCUGAAAAAAUUUUGUUGUUAAGAAAAGCUGAGGUGUCAAAUUGAGAUAUCUUUAUUGUGUGUAUUGUGAUACUAACCCACAUGUAAACAAUUUUUAACCUAGAAAUUAAUUUUUGGGUCAUCCAGAAAGCAAAGAAGGUUUGGUUAAGUUAAAAAAUAAAAAAUUUAAUUUACAUAAAAACUAAACCUAAACUCAACCAAUAACCUAAGCCUUAAAGUUACUAUCAACAUUUCAUUGCUUAUUUAAUGUGUACAUCUCUCAACAUUUUUUUAAAAUUUUGGGAAUAGAUGAAAGGCACCAGUUUAAAAUCUGGGUAAAAAAUGUUCCUUUGUGUUAUGGCAGCUGUAUGAGACUAGACCUUAUCAUGAAGAAACACAAACCCAGCAGACAAUAUUUUACUGAUGUUGAUUUGUUCAUCGGUGAAUCUUAUUAUAACAAACUACUCUCGAUAUAUACAAACUAUACUUAUAUAUAAGUUGAAUGACUUAUAUUUAAUGCAGCCUCUUUUCUAGUAAUAUUGCCAGUGAAACAAACAUGACUGCCCAGAACUCUCCUGGGGAAGGUAACCGAUAAGCACUGUGAUGGGGUAUCUUGGAUUGAUCGGUCUCUGCUCUUAGCGCACAAACGUUCCUUACUAUCUGGACAACCUUUGUAUAUUUUUAAUAAAAUAAUUUGAAUUUCUGAACUAAAAAGUGUAACACUAAAACUAAUAUUGACAAUAACAAUACUUUUGAUUGUUUCAAUUCUACUGGUAAGUUUCAAGUGGUAAUUGAGUAUUAUUUUUAUUCACCAGGGCAAUAAUUUUAGUCAUAGGUUUGUGUUUGGAUGAUUUAUUUUGAAACUUUCUCCAUAAACAAGAUGUGAAGUAUUAACCAAAGCUUAACGGAAUGACAAACUUUAGAUACUUAAUCGAAAUUACGCUUUGCCACAACAACGCCAACAGACAGAGUAAUUUAUUAAGAGGAUUUGUUUUAUCGAGUUGUACAUUUAAAUAACUAUAUUUGUUGAGUCAUAGAAUAUCUUUAAAUGUGGUGUCCCCAGACUGCUUGUUUUUUGUACUAAAUUACAAAUUAAUAAAAUUAUGUGAUUUGUGAUUGUUA